AUGGGCGAUCGCGUCGGCGAUCCCGAAGCCCAAGAGCCAUUGCUUUCCAGCAUACACGACGAUGGCUUCCAGAACAGCCCUGACGUUGACGAAGAUGGAGCGUUCCUCGCUGAAACGAGCCCGCCCAAGGCCUCUCCGGACACCGAGGCACAAGAAGGCGUCCAGCAGGCUAACGCUGUCACCCUCGUCUGGACGAGAUCAGCCCUGGUCCUUGCCUACGCCUUCAUCUUCCUCAACUUCUGCCUCACCUCCAUGGAGCAGCAGACCACGGCCAACCUCCUCCCCUUCGUCGUGAGCGACUUCUCGGCCCACUCGCUCAUCCCAGCCAUCGGAAUCGCCUCCUUCAUCCUGAGCGGCGUCCUCCGGCUGCCCGUCGCCAAGAUCAUCGACACCUGGGGCCGCCCGCAGGGCCUCGCCGCCAUGGCUGCCAUCGCCACCAUCGGGCUUGCCAUGAUGGCCGCCUGCAGCAGCGCCGCCACCUACGCGGCGGCCCAGAUCCUGCACGCCGUUGGGUUCAGUGGCUUCACGUACAUCAUCGACAUCAUCGUCGCCGACACGUCCUCGCUCCAGGACCGCACCCUGGCCUUUGCUUUUGCAGGGUCUCCAGCCAUCGUCACCAAUUUCCUGGGGCCGCCUGCUGCGCAGUGGUUCCUCCAUUACAGCUCAUGGCGGACGGCUUUCGCGCUAUUCACCGUUCUCAUACCGCUGGUUGCACUCCCUGUCUUUGCUAUUCUCCAGGUCAAUGCAAAUCGGGCGAAGAAGCUCGGGAUUCUCAAGCCAUCCAAGAGCGAACGGACUUGGUCGGAGGCUAUCUGGCACUAUUCUGUUGAAUUUGACGCCGUUGGCGUCUUGCUACUGGGUGUUGGCUUGACCCUGUUCCUCCUACCUUUCUCAAUUGCUGGUUCAGCAGGGAGCAAGUGGUCAGCAUCAGUAGUUUCCAUGCUGAUGCUGGGAAUCAUCUUGACCGCUGCUUUUGUCUUCUUUGAACGCUACUGGGCCCCCAAGCCCUUCGUGCCGUUUAAUCUUCUGUGCUCCCGUAAUGUCAUCGGCUCCUUCGUCCUGUCAGCCAGCUUAUUCAUCGCCUACUAUUGCUGGGACGGCUAUUACACGUCCUACCUGCAGGUAGUCCACCAGCUCUCUGUCUACCAAGCGGGAUAUGUCAACAACACAUACACCAUCGUGAGCGGCCUGUGGGCCUUCGGGGCUGGGUGGCUGAUCAAAUCCUCAGACCGCUUCAAGUGGCUUGCACUACUUGCUGUGCCGGUGCAGAUAAUGAGCGGCGUCCUGAUGGUUUUCUUCAGGCAGCCGCCUACGCCAUUGUUCUGGGUCGUCCUGCCACAGAUACUCCAGGCUCUUGGUGGUGGCACCCUCGUGAUGACGAUCGCCGUGGGCUCUGGCAUCGGAAGUUCUGUGCCCGGGGCCAUAUGGACAAACACUGUGUACGCCGAGUUGCUGAGGCUCCUGCCGGAUGACUCGAAGGACCAGGUCACGGUGAUCUACGAGGAUUUGCAGCGGCAGCUGAGUUAUCCGGUGGGCAGCCCAGUGCGAGACGCAAUUAUCUAUGCGUACACUACUGCUCAGCGGCGCAUGGUUCUUGCCGGAUUGGGCGUGUUGCUGAUUGCAAUACCCGCUGUUGUGGUCUGGAAGGAUGUGAAGGUAUCCCAAUUCAGGCAAGUCAAGGGCCGCGUGGUGUGA